AUGGAAACCAUGGAGCAAGAAGCAGAUGGCGACGAGGAUGGAGCGAACUCUGGGUCUGUGGCCAGCCUAACCGAAGACGAUGUGGCCGCUGCCCUCCGCGAGUACCGCGGCUUGCUGACGCGCAAGAUGAUGCGGAAGGCGCGCCGAUCCCGAACGAAGCCGAAAACUCAGGAGACCGGGGUGAAGGAUGCGACAUGUCCGACCAAGCGGCGCUUCUAUGCGAUGACUUCGGACAGCCUGGGACGCGAGAAGGCCCUGGAUGGCUCCUGGAUCGACAAAUUGCAGGAACUCCUGGAUGAGACGGCCGAUGCCUAUGGAGCUGGAACCGAGUGGCAAGCUGAAGUCCACGAUGCGGAGCAGAAGGAGCUCCGAGACCAAGUUGGGGGCUACUUGACCAGCUUUUUCCAGGCUGGCAGCGACAGCAUCGACGCCGUCACCUCGCACUUGGUGCAAGUCUGGCGGUGCUUGAACACUCCCAUGGAGUCCGGUGGGACUCUUGAUCCGCGAGAGUCGGCACCGGACUUGGACGGUGCCAUGCGGGACGUCGCGCAGUCGCUGAAGGAGGCAAGAGAUGUUGGUUGUUCUCGAGCGGACAAGAUGGCCCAUCAGUGGUUCGCAUACCUGACAAAGGAGGUCUUCAAGGUUGAGUCGUUUGGUGAGCACCAGCGCAUCCACAGCUUGGAGCAGCUGAAGUCCCGGCUGCGCUUGCACCACGACUACGACGCCCUGAGAGAUCGCUGGCAGCGCAUGGACAACUUGAAUGCGGGCCUCGAGGAGGCCGUGAGCAACAAGGCGAACCUGAAACAGGCCUGCGAGCACGCGGAGUCUCUACUGAACCAACAGAUUGAGGCAGACUUCCACAAGAACUUCCAGAAAGAGACGAAGCAACUGUUAGUCCAGGCGGCCAAGGCUCGGGCAGACCUGGUGGGGCAGGUCGAAAACCAGGUAAGGCACCGUGGGGUGCUGCGUGCUGAACUCCUGAUGCAUCUCGGUGAGUUCUCUGAGAAACUGAAAGCCUGGCAUCCGAAAACAUGCAGAAAGUUCCAGGAAGGCAUCAGCUCGUUGAAAUCUGCCAAGCGCCAGGCAGAAAAUCGUAAGCGGGUUGCAGAUGACGCCUUGGCCAAGAUCAAGAUGGAACUGCAGCGCACGCAGUCCGAGCUCCAACAGAUGCUGGCCCCGUACACCGGCAAGCAGUUGCAAGUGGACGUAGACUUGAGUACGUUCGAAAUCACGUCCUGCCCAGCCAAAGACCUUGUGGUGUCUCGCAUCCUGGCAACUGUUGCCGAACGCGAAGAUUCCAUCGUCCCCAGUGUGCUCUUGUCCUCAGUCAAGGACCUGGUGAGCCGCUGUCCAUCAGAGCGCCUGCAGCAAUCCACGCAGGCACUUGUUCCAGAGCGUCCUCUUUGUGAGGACAGGACGCGCCUCAAUGAAGUACUGAACUUCGAUGAUGUCCAAGCACAGCUACGACACAAGGCAGCGGCUGCUGAGGAUGUGGCCCAAUUUCUGGUUGGAAACAAGGGUUUGCUCCUGAUGCGUGGCCCGGAUCGGACUCGCUUGGAUGAGAUUCUUCGCGAGCUCCGUGCAGUUUCAGCGGAACGCACUUUCGGGCAAAAUACGACCGUGACGGCCAAGCUGCUGAAAAGGGCCGAGCCUUUGCUUAAGGUGCUUUCGGCUGCCAACAGCCGCGGGGAAGGUCUGCGCCGUGGAUGCGUGGGCUCAGAGGCAUCCCUCAUCAUGGCCCUGCUGCAAUUUGGUGGCCUGGUGCGCGCGCAGCGAGGUUGUAAACUACUGGCUGCUCUUCACAGCCUCCGCAGUCUCCAGCUGCGCAAACAAGCCCUCAGCAAGGUGGUGGAAGUGCCGCCAGAGAGGCCUCCUCAGGAGCAGGUCAGAGCCAUCGAAGCCGCCCUACGAGCAGUGGGUGGCGGUGUGAGUAUCCUGGCCGAGCAGGCCGAGAAGCUUGCCCAGGAGGGGAGCAGCAUCGUGGCAAGCUAUAGUCACAGCCUGGAGCAGCUUCUUGAGGCCACGCAACAGCUGGCGCUGAAUCGAAGAAUCGACGUGAUGUCGUCCAAGGGCAUCACCCAAGAGAAAAUCGACGCUCAUGGCAUGGAAACCAACUUCGAAGGCAAGCGUGUUGAGAUCGACCUCUUCCCUGAUCUGCCAGCGGUGCUCGCAGCGGCACCGCAGGCGAGAUCGCCUCAGUCAAAGCCUCAUGGCAACACUGGCCAUCCUGGUCGUGAUGCAGCGGCUCUGACCCCGUAUGUGCUGAAAUACCAGCAGGCCAUGCUGAAAAAACAGUUCAACCUGACAAAGUGGCUGCGAUGUGCCUUGAUGCCAAAUCUGUCCGACUCGGACUUUGUGACGAUGCAAGAAGCCAUGGAGGCUUCACAGGCCUACCUUCGAAGUCACCUGCCAGUGGAGGCUGAGGUCAGUUCGUCCUCGGCCAGCAGUGAAGACUCCAGGAUGUCAGAUUCUGUGUUCAGCCCUAGAUCCAACAGGUUCAACACACAAGACGGCCUCAGUCGAGCAUCCCUGGGAUCCAUAUCACCCCGGGCGCAGCCCGGGCGCGGCGAAGAUCCCCAGGAGGCUUUGAGCACUUUGCUGCGGCAGCGAAGCAUCUCCGACAUGCUGCAUGACAGGCGGAUGAAUAGAGGCAUGGUCCGUCAGCUCUCUGAGCGCUUCGAGGCAAAUGUCGAAGGCUACAGGCAAUCGUUGGAAGACAGAUCUUCCUCCGAAGACGCAGACUUGGGCGUGGCUUCAUCUUCGGAGGUCUGGUUUGCUCGAAAUUGCAAAAAGUUCAUGUCAUCUGAGAGUGUGGGUCGACUUUGCCAGGAGGAGGUGGUGAACGAGGAGAUUUUGCAGAAGCGCUCCGAAGCCACGUUCCUCAAGUGGUCUGCCCCGGCCAAGGCCACACCGAAACCCAAGGCCAAGGCCCGAGGAGGGCUCCGGCACGGGUCCAACUGGGCGAAGACGGCGAAGAUCAGGGACAUUGCCAAAGAGUCCGCAUCCAGUUCCUCGCCUUCGCCGAGGCCUUCAAAGCUGUCGCCGCGGGUUUACAGAGACUUGGCCGGCCGGCAGGUGGUGGCACACACGAGCGUCUCACAGCCAGCAAGCAACAUGUUUGCCAGCGAAGCUGCGGGUGCGACAAGCGACUCAGACCCCCAAACUUCACCGCAUGGCCUUGCCGACAGCCUCGGGGGCACACCGCGGCGGCUUUGGGCUGCUGCAAACGAGGAGGACGAUGAGGAGGCGGCAGAGGAGGCAGGGGAGGCAGAGGAGGCAGAGGAGGCAGAGGAGUCAGAGAAGCCAGCUGGCAUUCAGGAGAUCAAAGAGCAGGAGGGUGAGGCUCCUCGCCAGGAUCGCCACCUCCCCAUGCCUUCCUUGCGGCAUAGGCCUAGGUUGGUUCAGGGAUCUACGGAUGCAUCGUCAUUGGUGCUGGCAACAAGCGGCACAGCACGUGGCAGAACUCAGCAACAGCCCGCCGCAGGCAAGACCAGAUCCCAAAGCCCCAAAAGCCCUUCACCUGGGCCUGGACAGGCUCCACUUCGGGAACCUUCACUUCCGAAGCUCCGGCCACUGCAGCCUGCUCUCCAUGCUGCAGGCAGAGAUCAGGAUCUGGCAGCGCCGACGUACUUGCAGCCCGAGUCCGAGGAGGAGGAGGAGGACAAGAAGGAGGAGAUGAAGGAGACCACCCCAAGAUUCGACAAGCUGACGGUAAGGAGGUCCUUCUCACACAAGCACCAGCCCACGCAAGACGAGCUCGGUAUGGAGGCGGAGGAUGCGGAGGAUGCGGAGGAUGCGGAAGAAGUGGAUGCCCCUUUGGUUGGCCCCGCACCUUUGGUUGGCCCCGAGACCACUGAGGUGAACAAAGACGACGGGGUAGAUGGCCCAGACGAUGGCCUGGACGACGGCCGGCGCGAAGAGCCCGAGGAGAUGGAGGCCUCCGAGCCUGCCGCGAGCCUGCACUCUGCUUGGGCCGCGGGGAAGAUGCACCAGGUCAGCCUGGAGAAUGUGGAAAGCCUUGGCCCAGAGCAUGAGCUCGCCUUUAGCCAGGGGCACCAAGAGCCUUGGCUUUGCAGUUCGGACAUCAGGGUAGGAAGGGUCCCAAAGCAGCACAGCGAAAUGAAAGUGUGA